ACUCAGCUCCCUCCGGGUCUCCCUGCCCAGAAUGCGGGGAGCCAGAGGCCCCAGGGGCCAGGGCCAGCCUCCCAGCAAGAUGGGCGCUCUGGACCGGCCGGGGGUCCUCCUGCUCACCUAUGUGCUGGCUGCGUUGGAACUCACCUGCCUCUUCAUGCAGUUCUCCACCGUGCCAUACCUGGCCCGAAGGCUGGGCCUGGACUCCAUCGCCUUUGGCUACCUGCAGACCAUCUUCGGAGUGCUCCAGCUGCUGGGCGGGCCCGUGUUCGGCAGGUUCGCAGACCAGCGCGGAGCGCGGGCCGCGUUCACGCUGUCCUUCCUGGCGGCCUCGGCGCUCUUCGGGCUCCUGGCGGCCGCCUGCAGCCCGGCCCUGCCCGGCGUCGCCUUGCUCUUCGCCUCGCGCCUGCCCAGCGCGCUCAUGCACACGCUGCCAGCCGCUCAGAUGGUGAUCACCGACCUGACCCCGCCCGAGGAGCGGCCCGAGGCCCUAGGCCGGCUCGGCCUCUGCUUCGGCGUCGGCGUCAUCCUCGGCUCCCUGCUCGGCGGGACCCUGAGCACCGCGUGCGGGAUUCAUUGCCCCGCUCUCGUGGCGAUUGCUGCCAACCUCCUGGGUGCCGUCCUCAGCUUCACCUGCAUCCCGACCAGCACCAAAGGGGCCAGUGUGGAUGCUCAGGCCACCCCGCCAGGUGGACCCAAGGCCAGCGUGUUUGACCUGAAGGCCAUCACCCGUCUGCUGCUGCUGCCCGGUGUCCUGCCUGUCUUCCUCAUCAAGGUGGUCUCCGGCUUCCCCUCAGGUAUCUUCAUGGUCAUGUUCUCCAUCAUCUCCAUGGACUUCUUCCAGCUGGAGGCUGUCCAGGCCGGCUACCUCAUGUCCUACUUCGGGGUCCUGCAGAUGGUCAUCCAAGGCCUGGUCAUCGGGCGGCUGAGCAAUCGCUUCUCUGAGGGCACCCUGCUCCGUGCCAGCGUGCUGGCCUUCACAGUCACGGGACUGGCCAUGGCGUUGAUGUCCAGCGUCUUCCACUUCUGCCUCGUGGUGCCUGGCCUGGUCUUCAGCCUGUGCACACUCAACGUGGUCACCGACAGUGUGCUGACCAAGGCCGUCUCUGCCUCGGACACGGGCACCAUGCUGGGCCUCUGCGCUUCCGUGCAGCCGCUGACCCGCACCCUGGGGCCCACCCUGGGUGGCUUCCUGUAUCACGGCUUUGGUGUGGCCAUCUUUGGACAUGUUCAGGUGGCCAUCAACCUCCUGGUCCUCCUGGCACUCUGGAGGAAGCCUGUGCCCCAGGAGAGGGACAAGCUCCGGUGACCGCGGGCCCCAGGCACAC